AUGCCCAUUCCACCAAACUCUGCUUCAAAUUCAAACAGCAGUAGUAGCAGUGGUGGUGGUAACAACAGCAAUGGUGGCAAACACUCAGACGUCAGAUCCUCCAAACAUCAUGGAUCUUCUUCUUCUUCCUCUUCCUCUUCUCAUUCAAGGUUUUCUUCAAGGCCUUCAUCGAUUCCCCCUAAACCUCCUAGCAAGUUCUUUGCUGCCACGCUGUCUUCUGCUGCCAAACAAUCUUACAUGAAUGGCCAUAAUAAUACCAAUCACCAUAAUCAUCAUCAUUCUUCUUCUUCUUCUUCUUCUUCUUCUUCAACAGCUUCUUCCUUUUUUGCACGGGCUGUUCCAGCAAAUAGUAGUAAUAAUGGUAGCAGCAAUAGUAAUAGUGCUAACAACAGCACUUUUCAAUCAAGUGCCACUUCAAAACCUACAGCGGCUCCUUCACAAUCUGACAUUCAAUCAGAAGACCUUUCAGAAGCUGAAACAGUCAUUGCAGAAGACUCAAUUCCUCACAAAAAACUCAAACGGUUAAAACGACGACGUAGCAGUUUAUCAGAAGACACUGAAUCUUGGGGUAUCUCAAAAGAAUCUAAAAAAAGACUAGAAUCUACAAAGCCAUCGCCACCGCCACUUCAACCUCAACCUCAACCUCAACAGCAGCAUCCUCAACCUCCUCAGAAACCCCCUCCUGUUCAGCCUCCUCCACCAACUUCAAAACGAAAAUCACCACCACCAUCAUCUUCUACUAAACAUCGUUCUACCAGCCCACGUCCUUCAGGUUCUAGCCGAGAAGCUCUUUUACGGAAACAUGCAAAAACUGGCCGUGAUGCAAAUGGCCGCUUGAGACUACAGCGCAUGUGCGAUAAGGGCAAGUACGACGAAGCCAAAGAGUUAAUUUUAAUGGGUGCCGACGUUAAUGAUAGAGAUUAUGCCGGGAAUACAGCUAUCCAUGAAGCCGCGCUCAAGGGUCAUCGAAAAAUUGUAGAGCUUUUGUUGGACCAUGGCGCCAUUAUCGACGUGCGCUCUGGCCCAGGUGAUUUAGACACCCCUCUUAUUGAUGCCGCUUCAAAUGACCACUUGGAAGUCGUCAAGUUUCUUCUUGAGCGUGGUGCAGACCCCAGAAUAUACAAUGCUCAAGGCAAAACCUCAAUGGAUUUAGUUCAGGAAGAUAAACCAAACCAUAAAGAAAUUGAGAAGCUUUUACGUGAAGCCACUCUUAAAUUAAAGAAGCGCAAACAUAAUGAUAGCAGCAAAACACCCGAGGUUGACGACUUGGAUACCCCUGAUUUCAUGGAUCCUGCAAAUGCAGUUCCUGGUACUUUUCCCUCGCCCGACUUUUAUUCCAAUCAUCACAGCUUGCAAAGUAACAACAGCAAUUCAGGACUUUCUGACCCAGGUGGUCCCCGUCGACGUGGCGCCCGAGCACAGUCUAUUCGAAAUGACUUGCUUUGGAUGGAUUUGACGACAAGAACUGGUAGAGACCAGGUUUAUAAACGUGCAGCCGAUGGAGAUUAUGAGUUUGUCGGAAACUUUUUGGGUAAUGGAUACAAACCUGAUGCUGAUUGCUUGGCUCUUGCGGCGCGUCAUGGUCACCGUGAUGUUGUCAAUUUGCUUUUGGCAUUUGGUGCUGAUAGCAAUGGCAUUACCGAAGAAGGCGACACACCAUUGCAGCAGACUGUUGGACGCGGACACUAUGGUACAGUAAAGCUUCUUUUGGACUCUGGUGCUGAUCCCACGGUUGUUAAUAAACGAGGCAAGACACUAAUUGAUAUCGCUAAGGAAUCCCUUUCGACGGACGACAAGGAGCUUGCAUUAAUUGCCCAGUCUAUUCAAUCCUGGAAGCAAACAAAGAAAAACAAUACAAACACUCCUGCGUCAUCUGCAUCACCGCCACCGGUCGAUGUUAAGCCCGAUAUUAAACCGCCUGUCAAGUCUGAGGGUAAGAGUCGAGCCCCAAGUGAAUCGGAACCUUCUCGCAAAAUCAAGAAGCGUAAGGUUUCUGAGCCUUCAAGCAAUGGUGUUUCACCAUCAUCCUCAUCCUCAGACUUGAAAUCUAAGGUUAAGGAGGUUGAAAGGAAGAACCCUCCGCCGCCCUCUGGGACCAAGCUUUUAUUGUUUGGAAAUAAAUCAUUAGAUACAAAGCCAGCAGUCAGUCGAGUAGUAGGAGGGACUCAUGGCGAUAAAUUGCGAUCUGGUUCGAUUACAGGUGACGAUAAAAGAAAGUCUGAAGUGAAGAAGGAAGGCCUUUCUGAAAAAUUCAAUAACUCAUCUGACAUCAAAAAAACAGAACUCAAGCGCAAGGACUCGAAUGUUAAGCUUCAAGUUGAGGAAAAGGAAACUAGUAAAGUGGGUUCAGUCAAAGAGAUGACUGCUGCCACGCUUGCUUCAGUGACUAAGAAGCUGGACAGACGAACUGAUAAAGUAGCUGAAAAACAAGCAAAGAAUGAGAAACAGCAGCAGCAACAACAACAACAAUCGUCCACAAAAUCUGUCAAACAAGAAAAGUCUCUCAUCAAGGGCGAGAAGAGUGCAUCCAAGACUGAAAGGACCAAGUCUGUUGAGAAGCCAUCUACUGAGAAGCGUUCUGAAAAAUCACUUGAAAAGGCUUCUACUGAAAAGCGACCUGAAAAAUCACUUGAAAAGGUUUCUAUUGAAAAGCGUUCUGAAAAAUCACUUGAAAAGGCUUCUACUGAAAAGCGACCUGAAAAAUCACUUGAAAAGGUUUCUAUUGAAAAGCGUUCUGAAAAAUCACUUGAAAAGGCUUCGAUUGAAAAGCGACCUGAAAAAUCACUUGAAAAGGCUUCGAUUGAAAAGCGACCUGAAAAAUCACUUGAAAAGGUUUCUACUGAAAAGCGACCUGAGAAAUCACUUGAAAAGGUUUCUACUGAAAAGCGACCUGAGAAAUCACUUGAAAAGGCUUUAACCGAAAAGCGUUCUGAGAAAUCUUUGGCUAAACCAUCGAUUGAGAAGCGUUUUGAAAAGUUUGAGAAAAUCCACAAGGUUGAAAAGAUUAAACAAGAAAUUUCAGAGAAGAAGUCGCCGUCGCCUCAAAGUUCAACCAAUUCUACAGAUAAGCCUACAGCUAAGCCCAUUGAAAAGCCAACCGAAAAGUCAGGUCGUGUUUCCAAAACACCCACUCCUUCUUCAACCCCAGCGCCUGUGUCCCCAUCCAAGGAGAUUUCCAGCAAGCAGAAAGAGCAACUUUUACAAGAACAACGGGAACGGUCUCGACGUGAACGUGAAAAGAAGAUGCUUAUUCUGAUUGAGGAAGAAGAAAAGCGGAUACAGGAGAAGAAGCGUCGCGACGAAGAAUUCACACGACAAGAACGUCUUCGUCAAGAGCAACGUGAGGCAAGACGCCGGGCAGAGUACAUUGAGCGUGAGCAAGAGCGGAUAAGGCGAAAGCAGCAACAAGCGGAUGCCGAAAUGAGGCGACACUUGCCUUAUGGCUUACGGGUGGCAGUUUAUGGUCCUCGGUCUAUGGAUGAGGUUUGCAAGUUUUUGCCGAUACAAUUGCGUGUUGGAAGGCCUGGAGUUGAUAAUGCGGAAUAUGUUGUUGAUGUUCAGGUGUCGCUUUUGCUUGGAAUUCAGAACCUGUAUCAUGUAUACCCGGAGCUUUCGAAGAAGAUUGUGACAGACCAUGAGAAGACGCGGUUGUGGACAGUAAUGUCAACAUAUCUUUGCAAGCCCAUUCCUGAGUUUGGGGCUGGUAAGGAUGGGAAGCCACCUGGUAGUGAAGACAUUUUACGAAGUUUUAGUGAAGAUCGGAAGCGGUUUAUGGGGAUGAAUUUGUUUUGGUUACGGUGGGAACAAGUUGAGGAGAUGAUGAGACGAGACCAUGGACUGAUUUACGAACUUUAUAAGCAAGUGGGGAGUGUAUCAGUGGAUCUUGAUUAUGAUGAUGUGAAGGAGCAGCAGGAAAACAUGGAGGCAGUUCGUCAGCGGCGAGAAGCGAGUGAAAGGCAGUUUGUGAAACAACUUCCAAUGCGGUUACGGGUUAAGAUUCAAUCGCAGGAGAAUGCCAACGCAUGGGCAAUGUUGAAGUAA